UUCUCAAUGAGCGGGGACCACCCGGCAGGCUCGCUGACGAUGCAGGGCUCGGCCGGAUCCUACCCCAGCAGGCCUUCGGAUUCGGACCUCUCGUUGGAGGAGGACCAAGAAGCUGUUCCCAGGGACACGCAACCACAGUCUCUCCUGCAGCUGGAGCGAGCCAAGACCAAGUCGGUAGCCUUUGCCGUCCGCACCAACGUGAGUUACUGCGGGCCGCUGGACGAGGACUGCCCGGUGCAGGGAGCCGCCAUUUCCUUCGACGCCAAAGACUUUCUACACAUAAAAGAGAAGUACAACAAUGACUGGUGGAUCGGGCGACUGGUCAAGGAGGGAUGCGAGACGGGAUUCAUCCCGAGCCCCCUCCGACUAGAGGCCAUCAAGUCUCGCCAGGGCUACCAUGGUAAGACCGGAGGAAAUUCCUCUGCGAACACGGGAGAAAUGACCUGGCGAUCCCCACCUCCAUCUACAGCAAAGCAGAAACAGAAAGUGACGGAGUUGAUACCACCCUACGAUGUGGUGCCUUCAAUGAGGCCUGUGGUGCUGGUGGGCCCAUCACUGAAAGGAUAUGAGGUCACGGACAUGAUGCAGAAAGCUCUCUUCGACUUUCUGAAGCACAGGUUCGAGGGCAGGAUUUCCAUCACCCGAGUAACGGCUGAUCUCUCGCUCGCCAAACGCUCCGUCCUCAACAACCCCAGCAAGAGAGCGAUCAUCGAUCGAUCAAACACCCGAUCCAGCAUCGCGGAGGUUCAGAGCGAGAUUGAGAGGAUCUUUGAGUUGGCGAAGAGUCUGCAGUUGGUAGUGUUGGACGCAGACACGAUCAACAACCCGGCUCAGCUCGCCAAGACCUCGCUCGCCCCCAUCAUCAUCUACGUCAAGGUCUCCUCACCCAAGGUGCUGCAGAGAUUAAUCAAGUCUCGAGGGAAAUCACAAAGCAAACAUCUCAACGUUCAGCUAAUGGCUGCUGACAAACUGGCUCAGUGCCCACCGGAAAUGUUUGACGUGAUCUUGGAUGAAAACCAGCUGGAGGAUGCGUGCGAGCACCUGGCUGAUUACCUGGAGGUGUACUGGCGAGCGACACACCUGCCCGGGAGCGCCCCACUCAACCCCCUACUCGGUCAGACCCUGAUGACCCCACCCUCGGCCGUCUCCAGUCUCCAGGACCAACAAAUGACGGAGGAUGACCAGGGUGGAGAUCAGUCUCCCAUCGAACAGGAGAACCUAAUGCAGUCGGACGAAACGAGUGAGGCCUCGAGGAGAGAGUGGCACUCCCCGUCUCACCGCGACUCCCGGCACCUGGAGGACGAGUAUUCGGACACCUACCAGGAGCUGUACAAACCCCAUCGCAACCACCAGCACCCCGGGGGGCUCAGGGGCAACGGCCAUGACUCACAGGAUCGGCUGCUCGACCGCGACUCCGAGCAGAACCACAAUGAGAGAAACAGGCAACGAAACAGACCUUGGCCCAGAGACAGUUACUGAGCUCAGCCUUCUCUCUCCUUCCCCAUCCUCUCUCCCUCCCAAUCUCGCCCUCC